CAGUCUUCCACUAGUACUAAUCCUAGUAUACUCCGGUGUACCGGCCGGUAGAUAGAAUAUCUAGAUACUAUCUACUAUCUAUCUACUAUCUACAUGGUUAGUCGGGCUUGAUAUUUGCGACUAGCAAAGUCUCUUCAGCAGAUGGCGGUCACGGUCGAGAUCCAUCGCCAGCCUCCAGGAAUAAGAAUCAUCAUCACCAGCAGAAUCUGCAGUCUAGUCCAUGGCUGUGGCUCCAUCCAGAGACGACCGUCGAAUCAUCCUCCACUUUGAUUAUGACUGUUUCUACGCCUCCGUCUUCGAGGCCGAACAGCCCGUGCUGAAAACCCUGCCACUGGCCGUGCAGCAGAAACAGAUCGUGGUGACCUGCAACUAUGAGGCCCGGCGCCGGGGAUUACGCAAACUGCAACUGAUCAGGGAGGCCCGCCAGAUCUGCCCGGAUGUCGUCAUCGUCCUGGGCGAGGACCUGUCCAAAUUUCGCGAUGUCUCGAAGGCGCUGUUCCUGUUCCUGCGGUCCUUCGUCUGGGGAGGGAACGUGGAAAGGCUGGGGUUCGAUGAGGUGUUCCUGGAUGUCACCGAGAUGAUCCGCUACAACGUUGAUCUGCUGAACCGGCAUGAUCUGGAACAUUCAUUCUUUCACCUGGACCGCCAAGAGCCCACGGUGGGUUUCACGUAUGAUGCCACCCGAGUCCACGGCUCCACUUAUCCGGGCGCUGCGCCCUCAACCGCAGCGGAGACUGCUGAGUCUGCUGAGUCUGCUGCGCUGCGCACGCGAUUGCUGGUUGCCUCGCAUCUGGCCGGCUUCUUGCGCGCCGAACUCGAGCACCGCAAGGGCUACACUGCCACGGUGGGGAUCGCGACCUCCAAGCUCCUCGCCAAGCUGGCAGGCAGCACCCAUAAGCCCAACAACCAGACCACCCUGCUCCCGCCUUAUGUCACCGUGCGCGACCGCAGCAGCAAUGUCCACGACUUUCUCGAUGCCCACGAGAUCCGGCAAAUCCCCGGACUCGGAUCCAAGCUGACGGCAAAGCUCGUCAGCUACCUGGCCGGUGCUCGCGCCGACGGUGCCACGCCCGCUGACCGGGUCACCGUCCGAGAUGUCCGCCUGGCGCCUGGCAUGGGACCGGCUCGGCUGGAUCGCAUCCUGGGAGGACCAGGGGCGCCCCGAGACAUUGGCGCACGCGUCUGGGGGCUCAUCAAUGGCGUAGACAAUAGCGAGGUCGCCCAGACCGGCGACCUGCCCACCCAGAUCAGCAUCGAGGACUCCUACGGUCGUCUCGAUAGCCUCGAAGCCGUCCGGAGAGCGCUGGACGCCUUGGCAGCCAGCCUACUCCGGCGGAUGCGGACGGAUCUGACGGAACCAGAUGAGACAGGCACAGAAUCCCAGCCUCGAACGCGAUGGCUCGCUCGUCCGCGGACCCUGCGACUGUCGACUCGACCCAGGUCUGCCAACGACGCUCAGUCGUACCAGGGGAACCGCAUCUCGCGCUCGGCACCCGUCCCCUCGUAUGUAUUCCAUCUGGACGAGAGCGUGGAUGCCAUCGCCGAGCGACUGGUGCAGGAGGUGCUGCUCGCCAUGUUUCGCCGGCUUCACCCCGAGAAGUCCGGGUGGAACCUGCGUCUGAUGAACGUUGCGGUGACGAACCUGGUGGAAGCGGCAGGGGAUCGCAAGCAGAGCAGCGGGCGCGACAUCGGAAAAAUGUUCCAGAGCCAGGGGUCGCGGAUGGAUGUGGUUUCCGACAUGCAACCGAGUCUUUUGGAGGGCAGCAACCCGUCGCAGACAUCAUUAUUAACUGGUAGCCACGGGCUGGCCGGUGGAUCUCCCCGAGAUGCUGACCCGAACCCAAUAGUCGAGGAAGAGGAAGCGGCGUGGGAGGACAGCGACGAGGAGGAAAGCAUGCCCAGCGAAGCAUGUGGGGAGUGCGGGAUCCUGAUUCCUCAUUUCGCGCGGGAGGCUCAUGAGUUGUACCAUGCGGUGCCUGACUGAUUGGAUGACAUCAUGAUUGUAAGACACAUAUGCAGCGCAGUCUGGACAGACUAACGAAAUGGCCAGAAGAUAGUAUUCUAUCCUUCCAUUAUU